UCACCUCUUUCCCAGAGAUCGACAAUGCUCGCCGCAACUCACCUCCGCCGUGCACUCUUGCAGACACGCACUCUGACCCGCGCGCUGACCACGACUGCGCCGCGUCUCGCCCCGAAAGCACAAGUAUUCCCAUUCGACUUUCUUCCCGCGAACUCGCUCGACACGAAGCCGCGCAUCAAGGGCCUCACUGAGAUCCGUGGUCCAUACUAUGCACCAGUGACGAAGACGUACCUCGACGAGCUCCUCAGCGACUGGGGCGACUAUGUAGAUGGGAUCAAGUUUGCUGGUGGGGCCUUCUCAUUGAUGCCAGAAGAAAAAUUGAGAAAUUUGAUUGAGACGGCACACAAACACAACUGCUAUGUGAGCACUGGCGGAUUCAUCGAGCGCGUGCUCUCUGCCUCAGGCGGUAACAAAGACGUGAUCUCCAAAUAUCUUACAGCAUGCAAGAACAUGGGCUUUGACGUGCUUGAGCUGUCCUCCGGCUUCUUGUCCAUUCCUACUGAAGACUGGGCAGCAUUGGUAGAAUUCACCGCUGCCCACAGACUCAAGCCGAAGCCCGAGGUGGGCAUCCAGUGGGGUGCCGGCGGCGAUGCUACUGUCGAGGAGCUCGAAUCCGCCGGAACACGCGACCCUAAGUGGCUCAUCGACCGUGCUAACACCUUCCUCCAAGCCGGUGCUCAUAUGAUCAUGAUUGAGAGUGAAGGCAUCACCGAGAACGUCAAGGCGUGGCGAACGGACGUCAUUUCUGCGGUGACCUCAGCGCUGCCCCGCGACAAGAUCAUGUUCGAGGCAGCCGAGCCGGAUGUGUUUGCGUACCACAUCCAGAAUCAGGGUGCACGCGCGAACCUCUUCAUCGACCACUCACAGAUCGUGCAGCUGGCGUGUCUGCGCCGUGGCAUCUGGGGCACGGGAAGCACGUUCUCAAGGGUAGUGACGUUCGAAGGCACGCAGGAUUAUGCGAAGGGGAAGUAAAUGAGCAAGUGCUUUCCGAUAUGAUUCCUACGCAGAUUUUAUGUAAGGUAGUCCACCUGUAAUAUAUAGCGUUUUCCUGGAAUCCUUGAUCCCAUC